AUGUCCACUGCUCGCUCUGAUGAAGAAUACGCGGUCCUUAAGUCGUGGUGGCAAGCUACGAAAGACUACACGCGGAGAACGAAGGUUGACGAAGAGAAACCAUGCUCAUGUGGAUUGAAGAAAGCCCCUAAUCUGGAUGAAAUCGAGGCCAGAGAUGAAUUUCACACGACUCAGCAGAAAUUGCAGGAGUUCUUGAAUUUCGUGGGACCGGGGUGGCUAAUUUGUGUAGCGUAUAGUGAUCCAGGAAAUAUGUACGCGUCGAUUUCGUCAGGGGCGGAGUUUGGUUAUACUCAAAUUUGGAUCUUGUGGUGGGCCAUAGUCUUUUCAUUGUUUGUGGGCGGUCUGUGUACGUAUUGUGCACACUACAGCGACCACAGUCUGUCUGAGCUCAUGUGCUGUGCGUAUCCUAUGCCCAUGCGUAUCAUUAUGUGGCUAUUAGGAGAGAUCACCAUCAUCUUCACAGAUAUGCCGGAGGUCAUUGGAUUCGGUAUCGCCUUAAAUAUAUUGUUUAAUUGGCCCAUUCCAGUUGGGAUCUGCUGCUCGUUGGUGACGACGAUGGUGUUCCUUAUACUCGAAAAAAUGCAGGGCCGAUACCUAGAAGGUAUUGUGGCGUUUUUUAUGACUAUCCUGGGCGUGUUGCUGAUUGUGGAGAUGGCCAUGGCUAACAUAGACCCCGAUCAGAUGGCGUACUACUGGGCAGUUCCCACGGUAUUGAACGGCUCUCUCUUCUCCGGACUCGGAAUCGUGGGUGCUGUGGUCAUGCCCCACAAUCUGUUCCUGCAGACAACCUCCGCAAUGCUCCGCAACAAAGAAGCGGCCGCCGCACUCUUGAAGCGUCACGAGGAAAAGAAAAAGGAGGAAACAUCCGGACAAAUAAGUGUUGAACCGAGCAUCUCAAUGCAGGAUGGGACUGAGAUGACAACGACUUCCGAUGCACACAUCGGCUCGUCAAGCGAUAUUAGCUCAAUUGGCACUAAAGCGUCCACCGCAACACUG